AUGCCUAAAGCCGGUGGUCGGCACGACCGCUACAAUACAGACCUCAGUGACGUGUUUGGGUCUACUGUGCGAGUGAAGAAACAAAUCAAGUCCAUCCAGAACUUGCUCCAAAAGGAAGACUUGCCAGCCGAUGUCAGAGUGGAGAAGGAGCGAGCGUUGAAGGCGUUGAAGGUUGACUUAAGAAACAGACAAUUCGACUUGAAAACUAAAAAGCGGGCCCAGAAGUACCAUAUGGUUCGGUUCUUCGAAAGAAAGAAAGCUGUGAGAAAGCUAAAACAGGCUACCAAGGCUCACAAGGAAGCCGUUGACAACGAGUCCAAGAAGGAAAUCAAAAAGGCAAGAAAAGUUUUGAAACAUGCUCAGAUUGACGUUGCUUACGUGUAUAUGUUUCCAAAAUCCGAGAAAUAUGUGUCCUUAUAUCCGCCAGAGCUCAGUGAAGAAGCCAAAAAGGACGAAAACGUCAGAAAGGGAGCCCAGCUUACUGACGAGAAGAGAAACGCUUAUCGUAAAAAAAUGGAGGAACUUAUAGACAAGGAUAAGCUCCCCUUCACUUUUGAGGAUGUGUUGGCUGGAAAAACUAUUCAUGUGGAAAACACAACCUUGCCGGAGCCAGACGAGGAGAUCGAUGCUCCUCAGGAGCCACAGCGAGAAGAGCAAGAGGACGACUUCUUUGAGUAG